AGUUGCUUUGUGUUUCCUUUCAUGUCUUUUCUGGCUAAACAAUACUCGAAAGCUAUUUUACAACAUACGCUCAGACGUCGUGCUUUAGCCACAGUUGCCAGUGCCGCCGUUGAGACAAAAAGAAAAAGAAGACUUGUGUUUGAUAACCGAUCGCCUUCUUUUCAAGACUUUUUGUCUCAACAAGAGCCCAAACCCGUCGAUCCUUCUUUGACACAACCUGACCAAGUUCCUUAUUUAAACACUACAGCAAAUUUAGGUCAAGGCAGAAAGUUUUUUAUCGAAGUUUAUGGUUGUCAGAUGAAUGUAAAUGAUACAGAAAUCUUAAAUUCUAUCAUGACAAAAACUGGAUUUGUAAGAACAGAUAAUUUGGAUGAAGCCAAUGUUGUAUUUCUUGUGACUUGUGCCAUUCGAGACAAUGCCGAAGUCCGUAUUUGGGACAGACUCAAAUACCUAAGACAUUACAAGACAAAGAUCAAUGUAGAUAGUCCACCUAUUGUGGGUGUAUUGGGUUGUAUGGCAGAGAGACUCAAGACAAAACUAUUAGAAGAAGAUCGCCUUGUGGAUAUUGUAUGUGGUCCAGAUGGCUAUCGUUCUAUUCCCCACUUGAUUUCAUUAACAGAACAAGAAGAAUAUACAGACGGUAUUGCUAAUGUCAUGCUUUCUGCAGAUGAGACAUACGCUGAUGUGAUGCCAAUGCGACUGGAUACAACCAAUGCUUCUGGUUGGGUAUCUAUUAUGCGAGGAUGUAAUAAUAUGUGUAGUUUCUGUAUUAGUCGACCUAUUGAUUCUAUUUUGGAUGAAGUCCGAUAUUUGAAUGAUCAAGGUGUCAAAGAGGUCACUGUGCUUGGUCAAAAUGUCAAUUCCUAUCGAGAUGAAUCAGAAUCAAAGUAUUUUGUCACCAGCACAACCGCUGGUUCCAGUCUUAAUGGUGGUAGAAGAUUCACUGAAUUGCUGGACAAAGUCAGAUUUUCCUACAGAUUAUCCAUUGAUGCUUCUCGACCCAAUAUCUGUAAUUCAGUCCAUCUUCCUAUUCAAUCAGGCAGCAACACUGUAUUAGAACGUAUGCGUCGUGGAUACACACGGAAGCCUAUCUGGACUUUAUGCGUGAAAAAACACUGCUCAUCGACGAUACAAGGACGAUGUAGAGAAUCUGUCAAAGCUCGUCGUUUACAAGAAAUAGUCAAUACCUUUCACAAACAUGCGUCCCUCAAGAACCAGCGCUUAAUCGGUAAUCGGCAAUUAGUCUUGAUUGAUUCUGAAAGACCAAAAGUCAAAUAUGGAGUCGAGACAAAAUUAAGUGGUAGAACAGAUGAAGGUCUUAAAAAGGGCGACUAUGUAGAAGUAGAAAUCAAACAUGCUACCAGUGCUAGUUUGACAGGUCGAUCCAUUGGACUUAGCAGUAUACAACAAUUUAACAUGCAAAAGCGAGGCUAUUCUACUCAACAUAGACCCAAUGUACGAAGCAUGUACCGUCGUUUUUUAAGGGCUGGUCAGGCUGCUACAGAAGGUCCUAAUAAGAAGCAUGCUCAAUCCUUAAUACACUCAAAAAUACGCUUGAGUUAUACACAUGCGAGUCAACGUAAGGGCAUUGAGUUUGAUAUUGUUCGAAAUCUAUGCCAACCACCUCUUUAUAACAGAAGAAUGUCUCCUAGUGUAAAACAACUGCAUGAUAAUGCUAGACAGGAUUGGAAUUUACAGCUAUGCUUGAUCUAACAAAAACGUCACAUAAAAGAAGGGAAUAAAUUAUUUGUUUUUUGGUUCUUUUU